AAUGCCCAAACACUUUGCCCUAAAAUUUUUAAUCUCCUACCCCCGAUAUCUUAUCGCCUAAACCAGUCCCAACAACAACAACCACUUUCCCUCACCGCUCGGUCCAAUUAGCUUCUCUGGGUUGGUUCGUUCCUAAGCCCAAUCUCUCUCUCCCCCCUCCACACCCCCUCUCUGUGCAAAAAAAACCCUAGAUCGCUCGCGCUCGCUGAGACCCGAAGCUCGGGCCCCGAGCCUCCCCCCGUUCGCGCGCCUCGGAUCUUGCUUUCUUCUGCUCUGCUAAGGAAUUCAAUUUAGCCAUGGCAACCGCUGAUGAGGAGAAGAUGGUUUCAUCAGAUGAGCACAAGAAGGUAACCGCGGAUGAGCACACAACGGGAAACCCAGAUGAUCACAUGAAGGGAAUCCCAAAUGACCACACCAUGGCUGCCCCAGAUGACCAAACCAUGGCAGCCCCAGAUGACCAAACCAUGGCAACCCCAGAUGACCAAAUCAUGCCAACCCAGGAUGAGCACACGAUGCCAACCCCAGAUGAGCAAAUGAUGCCAACCCCAGAUGAGCACAUGAAGGCAACCCAAGAUGAGCAGACAAAGGCAACCCCAGAUGAGCAAAUGAUGGCGCCCAAAGAUGAGCAAAUGAUGGUACCCCAAAAUGAGCACACAAUGGAAAUCGCAAAUGACCAUGCAUUGGUAAUCUCAAAUGACGACACGAUGGCAAUCGCAAAUGACCCCUCGAUGGCAAUCUCCAUUGACCACACAAUGGCAAUCCCAGAUGAGCACCCGAUGGCAAUCUCAAAUGAGCACCCGAUGGCAACCUCAUAUGAGCAUACAAUUGCAACCCCAGAUGAAAACAAGAUGAUAACAACAACUCCAGAAGUGAACAAUGAGCUGCCAAAUUCAGAGACACAGCCUAACAAGCGAAGGAAGAAGAAGUCCAUUGUAUGGGAGCACUUCACCAUAGAAACUGUUAGUGCUGGAUGUAGACGGGCAUGCUGUAAGCAAUGCAAGCAAAGUUUUGCAUAUAGUACUGGUUCUAAAGUUGCUGGUACCAGCCACUUGAAACGACACAUUGCCAAGGGGACAUGCCCAGCACUUCUACGUAACCAGGGGCAGAAUACCCCGUACACCCCACGGUCAAGGAUGGCGGGAACUGGCACUGCCAGUGAUCCACCAAAACGACGUUAUAGAAGCCCUAGCACACCCUACGUUACGUUUGAUCAGGAUCGUUGCCGCAAUGAGAUUGCUAGGAUGAUCAUCAUGCAUGACUACCCACUUCACAUGGUUGAACAUCCAGGGUUUAUAGCUUUUGUCCAGCAUCUUCAGCCCCGUUUCAACAUGGUGAGUUUUAAUACCGUCCAAGGAGAUUGCGUUGCAACUUACUUAAUGGAAAAGCAAAACCUUACGAAGUUUAUUGAGGGCAUACCUGGACGUGUUUGCCUUACACUGGAUACGUGGACUUCAAGCCAAACAGUAGGUUAUGUGUUUAUAACUGGACACUUCAUUGAUAGUGAAUGGAAGUUGCACAGGCGGAUUCUCAAUGUUAUAAUGGAACCAUAUCCUGAUUCAGACACUGCCCUCAGUCAUGCUGUUGCUGCUUGCCUUUCUGAUUGGAGUUUGGAGAGCAAGUUGUUUUCUCUCACUUUUAAUCAGCCACUGAGUGAAGCUGCUCUUGAGAAUCUUAGGCCUCUUCUCGCCAUUAAGAACCCACUGAUCCUGAAUGGUCAAUUAUUAGUUGGUAAAUGCAUUGCACGUACCUUGAGCAGCAUGGCAAAGGAUGUACUAGGGGCAGGGCAAGAAAUAAUCAAGAAAAUCCGGGAUAGUGUAAAGUAUGUGAAGACAUCAGAAGCCCAUGAGGAAAAGUUUCUUGAGCUCAAGCAGCAGCUUCAGGUCCCCAGUGAAAGGAGCCUAUCUCUUGAUGAUCAUACUCAAUGGAACACAACAUAUGAAAUGCUAGUCGCUGCUUCUGAGCUAAAGGAAGUGUUUUCUUGUUUGGAUACUUCUGAUCCCGAUUACAAGGAAGCCCCAUCCAUGGAAGACUGGAAGCAGGUUGAGAUUCUCUGUACAUACUUGAAACUUCUCUUUGAUGCAGUGAACAUCCUUACCUUUACAACUAACCCAACUGCAAUUACAUUCUUUCACGAAGCGUGGAAGAUUCAGACAGAGCUGGCUCGUGCAGUUACGAGUGAGGAUCCCUUUAUCAGUGACCUUACUAAAACAAUGCAAGAAAAAAUUGAAAAGUACUGGAAGAAUUGCAGCCUGGUUUUGGCAAUUGCCGUAGUCAUGGAUCCCCGUUUCAAGAUGAAGCUUGUUGAGUUCAGUUUCUCGAAAAUCUAUGGUGAAGAUGCUCCCACAUAUAUAAAGAUUGUUGAUGAUGGGAUUCACGAGCUCUUUCAUGAAUAUUUGACACUUCCUUUGCCUCUAACACCAACUUAUGCGGAUGAAGGAAAUGGUGGAAACAUGAAGACAGAGGACUCUCAGGGAGGAACUCUUGUGUCUGACAAUGGACUCACAGAUUUUGAUGUGUACAUCAUGGAGACUGCUAGUCAACAGAUGAAGUCGGAGCUGGAUCAGUAUUUGGAAGAGUCUCUAUUGCCUCGUGUGCAGGACUUUGAUGUAUUAGGCUGGUGGAAGCUAAACAAGAUGAAGUACCCGACUCUGUCCAAGAUGGCUCGUGAUAUCGUGUCUAUUCCAGUAUCUACUACCGCUCCUGAUUCUGUAUUUGAUGCCACAAGCAAGGAGAUGGACCAAUACCGGAGUUCUCUACGGCCAGAGACGGUGGAAGCCCUUAUAUGUGCCAAGGAUUGGAUGCAGUAUGGGUCUGCAGAAGCUUCAAACGCACUUGUGAGAAUGGAAUAUUAGAUUCUAGGUUUGAUUCUGUCACAUUAUGUCUUUGUAUGAUGGUAGGUUGUUGCUAUAUUGGUUAGUUUAAAAUUGGCCGGUAGGUCUAGCAAAUUGUAGCAUUAUAUAAGAGAGAUAGUUUGGGUGCUUGGACCAUCAGAAUUUAGCUUCUUUGUUAGCUUCGGUUAUUACAUUCAGUAUCAAAGGCUGCACAUGGUCGAUGGAUCCUAGUCCAGCUUAAGGGGAUGGAUGUACAGUUGUUAAAAUGCUGAAUGCUUUUGUUCCAUAUUUUCGAACUUGAUUUAACCUUCAAUAAUUUCGAUUUUCCUUUA